GGGAGCGGCGCCGAGCGGGCGGCGGGCGCAGGAGCGCGGGCGAGCGGGCGCGCCGCUGCCCGGGCUCGGACGGGGUUCAAAGACCAUCACCUGCGGCGGGAGUGCGACCCACAGGGGAAGUAGGAAGUGCGGCGCCUGCGCUUCCUGUAAAAAUCACCGCGCGGCUCCCGGCGCUGCUGCCGGCGAGCUGCGCGCCACGCUCCGCGGGGCUCGGGGCGGCGCGGCCGCUCGCCGGGGCAGCAGCGUGCGCGGUCGGGCCUCCUCCGCCUCCGCCUCCGCCUCGUCGCCGUCCCCCUCCCCCUCCCCUUCCUCCCCUGCCGCCCGCCCCGGGGCUGGGCGCCCGAGUCCCGCCGCAGUCCUGCGGAGCGCCGAGCGGCCGGCUGCAGAGCGCGGAGGGCCGGGGCGAGAAUGACGCGAACCCGCCUCCGCGGGGCGCGCGGCGGACGCUGCUGAGAAGCCCGGCGGCGCCCGGACCCGCGGGGCCCUCGUGCCAGGGAUUGAGGAGACCUGAAGAACGCCGAGGAUAGGCUGAUGGGCUCAGGCGACAGGUUCCAGUAUCUCACCAUGAGCACUGAAAAUCCGACGGCAGGAGACUUGGCUCCAGCUCCCCUUGUCACUUGCAAGCUCUGCCUAUGCGAACAGCCCCUGGACAAGAUGACCACACUCCAGGAAUGCCGCUGUCUCUUCUGCACAGCUUGCUUGAAACAAUACUUGCACCUGGCCAUCCGAGAAGGCUGUGGGUCUCCCAUUGCUUGCCCCGACACAGUGUGCCUGAACCACGGGACCCUGCAGGAAGCGGAGAUUGCCUGCCUGGUGCCUGUGGAUCAGUUUCAGCUCUACCAGCGGUUAAAAUUUGAACGAGAAGUCCACCUGGACCCCUACCGAACAUGGUGCCCUGUGGCAGACUGUCAAACGGUGUGCCCUGUUGCCUCCAGUGACCCGGGACAGCCUGUGCGCGUGGAGUGCCCUUCCUGUCACCUGAAGUUCUGCUCCUGUUGCAAGGAUGCUUGGCACGCAGAAGUCUCCUGUAGAGAUGGUCAGCCCAUCGUCCUACCAACAGAGCACGGGGCCCUCUUUGGGACAGACGCAGAAGCCCCCAUUAAGCAGUGCCCUGUUUGUCGGGUUUACAUCGAACGCAACGAAGGCUGUGCUCAGAUGAUGUGCAAGAAUUGCAAACACACGUUUUGCUGGUACUGUCUCCAGAACCUGGACAAUGACAUUUUCCUCAGACAUUAUGACAAAGGGCCGUGUAGGAAUAAGCUGGGCCACUCGAGAGCCUCGGUGAUGUGGAACCGAACGCAGGUGGUGGGGAUUCUGGUGGGAUUGGGCAUCAUUGCCCUGGUGACUUCACCGUUGCUGCUCCUGGCUUCCCCGUGUAUAAUCUGCUGUGUCUGCAAGUCCUGUCGGGGCAAGAAGAAAAAGCACGACCCAUCCACUACCUAAAGGCCUCCGCUCCUAUCCACGUGCCACAGACGUCUGGGGUUACAAUGAGAAGCACAGUGAUAAAGCCCCACUUAGUGAACUUGCCUCCCCCUUGCCAAACUUUGAAAGUGCCUCUGUGUCCAGACUUUGAACUUGCCUGCCUGCCUUUGGCAUCAGAGAAGGCCGAGCCCGUGUGAAGAGAAGGACCCGGGUUCUGCAGUCUCCGCCGUGUCUAGGGAGCAUGUCAGGAAGCUUUGGGAUUGCCGACAAGGAACGAACCCACCGUCAUUUUAUCCUCGGGAAGGAUCCCGCUGGGACUGUUCAAGUUCCAGCCAAAUUCGAGGAGCCCGAGUGAACAUUCAGUAUCUUGGUUGGCAACACACAUUGUAACUGACCAGCUAGAGUCUGUUCUGUGUUGAUCUGACCACCACGAGAAACACCGGAGAAACCCACUCCCCCGCCCCCCAUAGGAUGGAAAGGAUAACACUGUUGAAGGGGAAAUUGUCCUAAGCGCCUCGCAGCAGGCUGCUUAUCUUGGGGAGCGGGUAUGUUGUUGGUUCUGCCUCUGCGGGCUCCUGGGCAUGCUGUUCCAGGCAUUCCCACAGUGACUUGGCAGAAACACAAUAGGUUUCUCCAUGUGUGAUCUCAGCUUCAAGCAGGAGAAACUGCUAUGCAGACAGAGUUGUCCCUUCCAAGUGAAGGGGUUGCAGCCUGUAAAACAAUGGGGUCUGAUCGAGUAGCUCUCCCUUGGCAAGUGCAACUUUGGGAAGGUGAUAAAUUCUCCUCCUACAGCCAGUGGCUGUGUUUGACAGGAUUGUUUUAUAUGAAAUACUGGUCGAGUGGCCGAGGUUAAUCUUCAUCAUAGGUAACAGAGAUCUUUCCUGAGCUCUGUGUUCAUGCACCCCACACAUUUAGAGUUGGACCUAGAAGUACACACCAAGAGUGAGUAUCAAAGUCCAUGUGUACACCAGUCCACGUAAGUUGCUGCCUACCCAGAAUUUCCAUCCACUGGGCAUGCGUGAGUCUAUCCAGUGGUACACGUAAAAUAAAUGUUUCCUUGAAGCCAUUCUCUCUUUCCUUCUGGGACGAAUGUGGUUUAUUAUAAAUCAACCUAAAGGGUUUUCUUUUUGCAUAUUGUAUAUGUAAAUUUUGGUUGCAAGUUCAUAACUUACCCAAAGGUAUAGACUCAUAAACCUAACUCUUUUAAAACAAUGCCUAGUGUGAUGUCAUGCCAUCUCCAUUUGUAAAAACACUGAUAAUCCAGUUAUUUACAUCUUUCCAAACACAACUCAGAACAGCUCUCUUCUCAGCAGAGUGUCGUAUUGCUCUUUCAGCAUCUGGUAGGGCAAUCCAAAUACUUUCAGUAUCAGUACAAGGCACUGAUAAAACAACAAAAAAUGUAAGAAAUAAAAUGUAAAUGCUUCAAGUAUCAUAAAUGCUUUGGGUUGGUAUCGCCUUAUUGCGACUUAUUUUUCCUGUUAUCCCUCGGUCAGAUUUUGAAUAAACGGGUUUUGAAAAGACGAUAACUUUUUCUCCAUUGACAGGAUUACAUAAUUGCCAUUAGCCAACGUAGCCUGGUGCUUCAUGAGAAUAUGUAAGAUGCUCGUAGAGAGCCCUCCUUGAAACUAGGGACCCCGCAUCAGGGACUGGCAGAACCCCUCAUACUUGCCUGAGGUAACCGGGCAACUAGGUUAUUAAAUUGCUGCUAUCCUGGACCUAUUCUUAAAGAACGAUGCUUUGUUGAUGUAAUGGAAUGUAUCCUAAGUGGGGAUGUGUAUAUUUAAGGAACUUUAGUUCACACGUACAUAUUGAUAUCUGAUUUAUGUAUAGUACAUCUCUUGGUCGUGUACAUUUUUAUUUACCAUGUGUAUAGAACAUAGAUGAGAACUCUGGGAAAACUUUUGAAUGGCAACCAACCAAAAACAUUUUUAAUCAUUUUUUGGAAAUUUCUCAAUAUUAAGUGUCUUUAUUUUCCUUUGAAACUCUGUAAACGCUUCAGAACAAGAAUACCCUCUUCUAUCGAUGUAUUUCAUAUUAGUCUAAAGACAAGUGUACAUAUAUUUGAAUAAUUUGCUUUGUCUUAACACUGCCUCAUUAUAGCAAAGGGCAUUUAUAACUGCUCAGGGGAUCACAGGAACUCAGCUGAAUUUGCAUUUUUGUAUCAAGAACGUCUGUCAUGGCAAUGUCCUCCAGCACGAGUGAACUCUCUAAGCUCGAUUCCACAAAGAAUCUUUAAACAGGAGCUGAUUUCGAGUAACCUAACAUCCUAUGAUAUAAGAGGUGGAGCUCCCAAAUUUGGAGUUAAAACAUCCAUACUGUUUCCUUGGCAAAACUGAAGGAACUUGUCUUCUCACAGAGAAACUGUAACAGAAUCAGCUACUUUUUUUCUAGGGGCUAGGGAGUGGGGAGUUGUUUGUGAAACAGAUUUUAAACAACUGGAUUUAAGUUUUUCUGUGUUGAAAAGUGCCUGGAAAAUCGUGACGUCUUCCUUAUAUAGCACAUGAAUUGGCCUGUGUAAGAUUGUCAGAAUCAAGAGGAGUAGGUUGGUGGAUUAGACCAAGAUAUAUCUCUGGUGCAUGAAAGGGCGAGAUGUCAGUCGAGCUAGAAACUUUGUUUGCAAAGGAGAGAGCUGACAACUUCGCUAACAGAGACUGAUGUUUUCAUCUGGGAUAAUUGGCCACUGAGAGAGUUUAACCUGUCUCCUUCCUCUAUCUGUCAGCCCCAUCUUCUCCUAGUGAUCCUCUUUCUGUACUAGGAAGAAACGUGGGUCUAUGUGAUCAUGUUUGGAUGUCGUGGCAAAAAUCUUCGUGUUUGGAGUAGUAUAGCCUAUUUGAAAUAGAAAUCAAUACUCCUUCACCAAAUUGUAAUCUGGAUGUAAUAACCUCCCCCCAUCCAGAAACAUUAACAGAUAGAAGGGCAUGACAUCUAGCUGCUGCCCCUUCUGGGAAUUUUUCUCUUGUUAUUGGAUAGGGAGGUGAGGGGGAAAGGCAUAUGGAAGCAAAUUUUAGAGUCGUAGGCAUUCUGUUUGUUCACGCAAUGGGUGUUUGCUCUGGACUUGAAAUCUCUAUUUCGAUAAGGAGGCCUUUGAAAAACAAAUAAUUCACAGUGUGAAUUUUCUUGUAGCCUGCAUCACGAAAACUUUACCUAUCUAGAUUUGAAAAUCUACAUGUUUAUUUGAAUGUAAAUCACUGUUGCUUGGAAUGCCAAAUUGUCUCUUAAAAAUUAUUCAGAAUCUAACUAUGUAUUAUUUUACCCUUCUCUACACAGUGCUUGACUUAUUGUUCAUGAAUGGAUGCCUUUAUGUAUAUAGAACUGUGUAUAUAUGUGUAACUCUGAAAACAAUUUCAUAAUGCCUUAGAUGAGUGACAUUUUAUAAAGCUGUCCAAUCGAUAUCUGUAGGCUAUUACAUCUCAUGUUGAUUCAUGAUCCAGAAAGUUUUGUUAUGUAUUUAAGAAAUUGCUGUUGUAUUAUAUUUUUCCGAAUUCUUUGAGAGGAAAAUAGCUGUUUUAGUCUCUGUAGCCCCAAUAAAUGCAGAGCAGGAAA